CCUCGACAUUGACAACUUGUACUACUAAAUUUAUUAUAACUUGAUUAAUUUCAUUUUUGAUUUAUUCAAAAAUAUUCUACUAUUUAAGACAACCACCUGUUUGACAAUAUUCAUUGUUAAAUAAUUUUUUGAACAUUUUAAUUACAAUCAAAGAUAAAAUAUGAUGAUGUCCAGAAAAGUCAUUUACAUCGCUAUCUUUAUCAUUGGAUUCAUUGGAUUUUGUUCUGCUCUUCCGGCGGACAAAGAAAGAUUUCUCAAUGAGCUUGACCUGGUUGAUGAUGAUGGAAGUAUUGAAACAGCAUUGAUAAAUUAUUUAUUUACAAAACAAAUUGUAAAACGUCUACACAGUCAAAUGGAUGUCAAUGAUCUUCAACGUAAAAGAACAUACUGGAAACAAUGUGCAUUCAAUGCUGUUUCUUGUUUUGGAAAAUGAGCACCUUGAUGAGACAAUAACUAUAUUAGCAACUAAAUUGUCGUUACUAAAUAUCAUUAUGAAUUUAAAAAUAAUCAUAGCUUUUUUUGUCUGAUGUAUAAAAUAAUAAUAUUGCAAUGUUUGUUUAAUUUUUCAUUUAAUUUUUUAAUUUUCUGCUUUUAUUUUGACUAAUACUAGCUUUUGUGAAUAUAAAACAUUCAAUGUAAUUCGAAAUUGUUAUCCAAUCGCAUUGUGUACAAGCUUACUGAUUGGAAAUCGAUCCUUUUAACUCUCUUGAAAUAAAAAAAAUUUAAAAUAUAUUUGAAAUACUUGCUGUUAUAUUUAUGGCAUAUUAAAAAAAUUGUAAUUAAUCAGAAUAAAUUAUUUAAAAGAAAAAUGAAUAACAUUGAACAGUAGAAAAAUGUUUUUUUUUUUUGUGACAAAUAUCCAGAAAUAAUUUAAAUGACUUAAAUAAAAUAUGAAAUAAUAGUAAAGAUUUUAUCGAAUAAUAGUAAACAAUUUUUCGAAAAGAAAAAAAUUAUACCUCACAACAGGUAUAUAGAAAAAUUUAUUUGUAUAACUAUUGCAUUUUAUCUGUACUUGCACAAUGACUAAAAUAAAAAUUAAUAUUUGAAAAAAUAAUCUAAAAUAUACAUCGUAAAAUCAUGUCAACAGAGCUAUAAUAAUUGGAAGAAAAAAAAAAAAGAAACGUG